GUACCCACCGGAUAAGUAGCGCAUGCGAAAGAGUGAAAUAGUGAAAAAGUAAAAAGGCAAGUUUCAAAUCCUCGUUGCGAUCCAGCAUGAGUCCCAACUUCUUGAGACCAUCACACCUCCAAGGCUGAUUCGAAACGGAACACUCAAUAAUGACAACCACUGGUAUUAUGGAUCUAGAAGGCUUCAGGCAGGCGGCUCGGUCCUCGAUCGAUGAGAUCGUAAGAUAUUAUGAAAACAUUACUGAGCGUCGGGUCGUUUCAAGCGUCAAGCCCGGCUAUCUUCGCGAAUUGAUUCCUUCUAAACCGCCGGUCGAAGGUGAACAAUGGGAGGAUAUUCAGAAAGACAUAGAAGCCAAGGUCAUGCCCGGUAUUACGCACUGGCAAUCGCCCAAUUUUAUGGCUUUCUUCCCAUGCUCAUCGAGUUUCCCUGGCAUGCUAGGGGAAAUGUACUCGAGUGCAUUCAACGGAUCUGCCUUCAACUGGAUCUGCUCCCCUGCUGUAACCGAGCUCGAGACCAUUGUGACAGAUUGGCUUGCCGAAAUGUUCAACCUCCCUGAGACCUAUCGAUCCUCAGGCACUACCCUCGGUGGGGGCGUCAUCCACGGCACGGCAUCCGAGGCUAUUUUGACCGUCAUGGUCGCAGCCCGCGACAAGUACCUACGAGAAGCGACCGAAGGUGUACCGGCCGACCGGCUCGAUGACGCCAUGGCUGAAGCACGGAAUAAGCUGGUGGCUUUCGGUAGCGCUACAACACAUUCCAGUACCAAGAAGGCUGCCCAAAUUUCUGGCGUUCGGUUCAUGGCAAUCCCUGUCUGGGCCGAGAAUAACUUUGCUCUGACCGGUGCUGACGUGAAAGCUGCCGUCAUGAAGGCUCGCGCCAACGGACUUACGCCAUUCUAUCUGACCGCGACUCUCGGGACGACAGACUGCUGCGCAUACGACGACUUCGAAUCAAUCGCAGAUGUUUUACAAGAGGUCGCCCCGCCUGGAAAGGGAGAGGUCUGGGUUCACGUCGAUGCGGCCUAUGCUGGCGCUGCGCUUGUUUGUCCCGAGUACUACCAUUUCACAUCCCAGUUCCACCGAUUCCACAGCUUCAACAUGAAUCUACACAAGUGGCUGCUUACGAACUUUGACUGCUCCGUCACUUUUGUCCAAAAACGGAAAUAUUACAUCGAUGCUUUCAGCAUGACACCUCCCUACCUGAGAAACAAUUACUCUGAAAGCGGCCUUGUGACGGACUAUCGCGACUGGCAAAUCCCUCUGGGGCGCAGAUUCAGAAGCCUCAAGGUGUGGUUCGUGAUUCGGACGUUUGGCGUCAGGGGGCUACAAGAACAUAUCCGGAAGGGAAUCCGUCAUGGUGAUCUCUUCACGCACUUGGUCCAGGACCGGUCAGAUCUGUUUGAGAUUGUUGCCGUGCCACGGUUCUCUCUGGUCGUCCUCAGACUGACUGGACGCGCAGGAGCUAGUUCAAAUGACAAAAAUGCAUUCACAGAGAAGGUAUACACCGCCAUAAAUGAAGAAGGCAGGAUCUACCUUACGAGCACUAUUCUCAACGGCGGCAUCUACGCCAUCAGGUUUUGUUUGAGCGCGCCAUUUGUUGAUGAUGUUCACGUGAGAGAUGCGUUCAAGGUCCUGGUCGAAACAACAGAGAGGAUGUUGCACAUAUGAAUGGGAUACGGUAACAGAUAGAUGAAUAUCAGGAAACUCGUCAGUUUUAUCUAAAAAUAAAAAAUAAAAAAUAAAAAAGUUGUCUUUCGUAUCAAAUGCUACGCCUCUGUGUCUCGUCUUACGAGUGAGAGAUCGCAG